UUUCCCCGCUCAGUGCGAUGAAGCAGCGGUGGCAGACGACAUGACCGAACAGUGCCUACCGCAUAAGGUGAAGCGUGGAGCCGGAGAUGGGGGCGGAUCCUUUCGUCGGAAGGGGCGGGGCCAGCGGCGAUCCCCGACUCCUCCUCUCCAGCCAAGACCUCCUACGCUGCUGUUGCCGGCCAUGGCGGAACGGGUCCAAGACAUCACAGCAACAGCCCCAGUGCAGAAGAACUGCAAAUCCAACCACUUGGAUCACACGAAUCCAACAAAUCCUGUGAUCCCCUCUGCGCCGAGUCCCGGCCACAUCUUCUACGACAGCGAAGACCGCUCGGACCUGCACUUCCUGGUGGGCAGAGACGGGUGGAGGUUCCCCGCCCACUCUUUCAUCGUCGGUAAACUACAGAACACACUUGUUGCUCUCCUCGACCACGCCCAACAUCCCGGAAACCACGCCCCGGAAGACACCACCGGACCACUCGUCUUGCGUCUGCCAGACGUGGAACCUGAAGUUUUCAAGCAAAUGCUCAGAUUCAUCUACACUGAUCAGACGUCAUUCUCUUCGGUGGAAUCGACGCUGCAACUUCUACGUGCAUCCCAAACCUUCCACCUUCCCCAACUGACCGAGAGAUGCCUGAAGCACCUGUCUGCCUCUCUGAACAUCAACAACGUCCUCCUGAUCCUCAGCCACCUCGUCUCCCCGGAACCACCCCAAAAGGACAAAAUGUCGGCUGGGGACUGCGGUAAGCAGCGCCCUCUGUCGGGACGAAAUAGUGAGAAAGAAACGAACGACUACCAGGACUUAUUCUCGAUGCCCUCUGGUGGAUCUUCAGCCCAAGAGUCGUCUAGGGCAUCUUCUAUCCAGUUGCCUUCUGGGACAGAUCCGACCCCGUUGCCUUUCGGAAUAUAUCCAACCCAACUGCCUUUUGGGAUGCAUCCGACCCAGCUGUCUUCUGGGAUGCAUCCGACCCAGCAGUCUUCUGGGAUGCAUCCGACCCAGCAGUCUUCUGAAAUGCAUCCGACCCAGCUGUCUUCUGGGAUGCAUCCGACCCAGCUGUCUUCUGGGAUGCAUCCGACCCAGCUGUCUUCUGGGAUGCAUCCGACCCAGCAGUCUUCUGGGAUGCAUCCGACCCAGCUGUCUUCUGGGAUGCAUCCGACCCAGCUGUCUUCUGGGAGAUCUGCAAACGAAUCUGUUCCUAAGGUGGCCGGCAGUUCCCUGGCGAGGUCAGUGUCCGAGAACGGAUGUGGUUCUCAGACACUCAGACAGCAGGCGACGAGAUCGUCUGCAGUCACUUUCGCUCCCGUUCAAAUUUCAAUUCAGGCGGGACGCGUGGACGCCUCGAACGUCGCUGGGGAAGGUUCCCGCCCCUGUGUGGCGGCGGGCGACUGCGCGUGCUCGCAAUCCGGUGAGAACUGCUUCCCGAGCUGCGCAGACGUCUCCUGCUGGAUCGACAACGUGCGCAACGAGCUGAAGCUGAGGUGCUUCCAGCUGGUGGACUCGCACGCGGACCUCGUCCUGGCCAGCGAGGCGUUCGAAACUCUGGAACACCCCCUCUUGACGGACAUUCUGCGGAGGGACAGCCUGGCGGUCACUUCCGAGCCGCGCGUGUUCGACGCCUUGAUGCGCUGGGCGAGCUGCGCGUGCAAGCGCACGCAGAGAAAACUGACGCCAGAGAACAAGUGCGCGGUCCUGGGGGAGGCCCUCCUCACGGUCAGGUACCUGACCAUGACCCUGGAGGACUUCCUGCGCGGGCCAGUCGCCCAGGGCGUCCUGAGCAGGGAGGACAAGGAGUUCUUCCUCACCAGACUGACCAAUCGCAGCAGCGAGCCCCUGCCAGAGCGCUGGAGGGACUCCAAAGUGGGCGUGCCCAGGUGGAAGCGUCGGUCGCCCGACCGCGCUUCGGCUGACCUGUCUCUCGUGGAAGUCCAGCAACCGGUGGUCAAGAGCAAGAAGAAGUCCAUGUCAAAGAAACUGCUGAACGGAAUGGGGGAUUUGGUCAUCUGCGUCAUCCAGCUUCUGGAUUGAGUCAUGUCUGGAGUCAUUUGCGUCAUCCAGCUUCUGGAUAGAGUCAUUUCUGAGGUCAUUUGCGUCAUCCGGCUUCUGGAUAGAGACAUUUCUGAGGUCAUUUGCGUCAUCCGGCUUCUGGAUAGAGUCAUUUCUGAGGUCAUUUGCGUCAUCCAGCUUCUGGAUAGAGUCAUUUCUGUGGUCAUUUGCGUCAUCCAGCUUCUGGAUUGAGUCAUUUCUUAACGAAGUGGGAGAUUUAGUCAUUUGUGACAUCCAGCUUUUAGAUUGUGUCGUUUCUGAACAGAGUGAGAGAUUUAGCCAUUUGUCUCUACUAGUUUCUGGAUUGAGUCGUAGCAAAGAAAGAAACGCAGAUGAUUUGAAAAGUCUUUCUCCGAUCUUUUUGGAAUCGGUUGAAUGGCUAAAAACGUGGGACUACCGUUUGUCAAACAGAUUCUAUCCUUUCGUUUUUUUUUUUGUUUUUUUUUGAAGGGAAUUAAAAGCAGGAAACGCAUUUUGUCCAGCUUCAACCAUGAAGACAGGUAAAUUCGUAAAACAGACAGUAUUACGGAACUCACUAUUUUUAUUCGCUCAGAAUUCUUACAUCAUCUGUGCUAAUAACUCUGCUUGCAAAUCGGAAAAUUCUGUGCUUCUGCAAAAUGGACUACGUGCGAAAUAUACGGUAACGCGAGAUUCGCCAAGCUUGGUACCAAAGAGCUUGACUUUGAAAGAGGUAAUGUGUUGGCACGGUUGUGAGAUUUAACUUUUAUCGCCAAUCUCGCCUUACCGUAAUGAUUCGGCAAUGUUGAGCCGAGAAGUUAUUGUGAUAAAAGGAUUAAUUAUGCCAAAGUGAUUUAUUGUUUAUUGCUUUGAAAAGCCUGUGUUGUUGCUUGAUUUUUUGAUUAAAGUUGUUCUG